AUGAUUGAUGACAUGGUCUUGGGCUUCAUUGCCAACUUUCUUGGAAUCUUCAUUUUUGCGCUGGUUAUAGCAUAUCAUUAUGUGAUGGCUGACCCUAAAUAUGAAGGCAACUGAGGAUUUUGGUAUUUUGAUGCCAUUUGCUGCAGAGCUGUCAUGUUAAUUUCAUAGACUGUGUGGUUUGACAGAGAGAUAUCUUGAUGUAAUCUGGACAAGCUUGGAGCCUAAUGCCUCUUAUUGCUUUGAUUUAAAUAUCAUAUAUGUUCACCUUUUAAUGUUUGCUCUAAUUAUAUUGUUUCUCAUGGCCA